AGUGCAGCUGAGAGUAUGCUGGAUGUGGCCCUGCUGAUGGCCAAUGCCUCCCAGCUAAAAGCUGUCCUGGAGCAGGGGCCAAGCUUCCACUUUUACACCCCCACCAUCACCCUAAUCAGCAUCUCUCUGUGUCUACAGAUCACAGUCGGGGUCCUGCUUAUCUUCAUAGUUCGAUGGAACCUGAAUGAUGAGCAAAAACACCAGAGGCUGAACUUCAUGGAAAACUUGGCUACAGGUCUGGUGUUCAUCAUCGUGGUGGUCAACGUCUUCAUCACAGCUUUUGGAGUCCAUCGAACAAAUUACAGCAACUGACCACGCACACACACACAGGCACAUCUAUGUAUGUGUGUAUGCAUUAUUUUCACAGUCUUUCACUGCUCCCCUCUCUCUUUUCAAACAGGUAUUUUCUCUCCUGCCUUACUCUGCAGUUUGCUCCUAAAAACUUUCAUGUCGUCAGCAUGUUUUUGCUCUACUCCUCUUCUGACCGGACCUUCACAAUCACCUACAUGACCUACAAAC